UUGCUUGCAUAAUGACCAACAGGAACUGUCUCGUCGUGGAGUUGGACAAACGGUGUGCAAAGAGAAUCCGCAUGAGGCUGCGCACUGACCUCGAAGGGACGUUGCAGAGAGAAAAGCCAAAAGAGGGGAAGGGCAAGUCGAAGGAGCAGCACCAUGAUGCAAACGUUGAGGUAUCUGGGGAUCACAACCUCGCGGAAGAAAAGCAACAUGUUGAGGAAGGCAUGACCAGGGAGGCUUCCGACCAAGAGAUGACGCAUGAGACAUGGGAGCCGUUGCCGGGAUUGAUUGCAACCGAAGCCGAACUGCCGGCAGGAUCUGACCAGCGUCAGGAACCGCCCGUGGUAGUACCUGCAGAGGAGCAGCAGGGUGGAAAUAUCCCACCAUCCACUAUGGCUGGAAAUGUCCCGGGGUCGACGAAAGGGCGAGAGGAAGGUGAGUUGUCUCAUCGGAGGGCAGUCAUUGUGGAGACAGGCGAGAUCGCAGGGUUGUCCAACAAUCAUGAGAGGGAGGAACUGGCACAAAGCCAGGACUCGAGUAAAGCCACAGGGACAGGAACACGAGGUCGUACGAGAAAGCUCGAAGGAGAGGAGGCGGUCAGCUCCCAGCCUAGCAUUGUGAUGGGUCUGCGCAACAAUGCUCAGCCACGUGUGGGGAAAUGAGCAAUGGCGCAUAUAGUUCUAUAACUUGUUUUUGUUAUAGAACUAUAUUUCAUCUACGCU